AGUUAGCGGCACACAAUAACACGCAUAUGCGGAAGGUCUAGUAUUAUACAGUAGUAGCAUCAUGCUCAGUAUUUCGAUCGUCUCGUGUAACUGGACUCAUCAAGGAUAGAGAAGUCAGAGGAGAGGGUUCGCAAUACUCACAUCGCAAUUUGCUUUCACGCAACCAACAGCGCAAACUUUCGUUCUACUCAGUAUGCGUUCAAGCAGCAUUCUGCUUGCUGCUGUCGUUAUUCUGGUCGGAGGCUGCAAUACGGCUUCGGUAGUUAUUGACUCGCACCAAGUCACGCUCUCCGCUGCGUUCUCGACGGACACAGUGCAGUCGAUCCCAGCUUCCCAGCCAAAACGCAAUGACAGGAGGUCUCUGCGCAUUUCCACGACAGAAGGCAAGGACGAUGAAGGCAAUGGCGACAUGAACCCAGCGGACGAGGAGAGGAGAAUUGCCGACACUUUAGUGAAGCAGUUGUCUAAGCUGCCGAGUUUCACGAAAAACACUGGAGCGCUCCAAAAGGUCGACGAUGCCCUAGCUCAGUCUCAGAAGGUCAAGAAUCUCGAACAGAAUCUCAUGUCGAAGCUGAGCCAGAACCAACUCGCUCAAAAGAAUUUUGGGCAGUACAUAGAUGAAAAGUGGACGGUGGACGUACUCAAGACCAAACUGAAAAUAACGAAGGAUAUGGCACCAACCUCGAAGGAAUACGAAGCCUUUACCGCGCUACUUCAGACUCGAAUGUACGUCGACACUCUCAUGAAAGUCAAAAAUCCUGCCACGCGGACCAACGGAGAGACCAUGUUGGCAAAAAUCAAUGAGAAUCCGUUCGCUCAGAAGUACUUUGGGCAAUUCAUGGACGACACAUUAACACAAGCGGCGCUCAGGACAGAGCUGGGAAUCACACGGGCAACUUCGACGAGCUCAAAACAGUAUGAAGCGUUGAUACUGUUGAUGCAGGCUCGUGCGUGGAACACCAUGCUCUCGAAGACGAAGGGCAGUUCUCUCAAAGAUAAUCUACUAGGCCGGGUCGAAGGAAACCCGAUCGCUCAAAAGUUCUUCAAGGAGUUCGUAGAUGAGAAGUGGUCGAUCCCAACACUGCAGUCCAAGCUGGGAAUCACAAAGGGUAUGGCUCCUGACACGACGAAAUACGAAGCCUUGACCGGUUUGGUACAGACUCGUAUGUAUAUCAACGGCGUCGCAAAAGCCAAGACUCCGACCAUGAAGAAAACCACAGAGACUCUGCUGACGAAGAUCGACGAAAACGAAUUCGCUCAAAAGUACUUUGGACAAUUCGUGGAUGGAUCCUUGACAACGGCAGGACUCAGGUCCAAACUGAAGCUGACGAGCAGCACUUCCAAGGACUUGAAGGAAUCCCAAGCCUUUAUAUUACUGAUUCAGGCUCGAGCGCUCAGCAAAACGCUUGUUUAGUUGCAAUUAUUUUUUUUUUGUAAGCUGUGCGUUCACAAAUCUCGCCUGCAUUCAUAUGCUCGACCACUUAUGUUUUGCUUCUUAAAUGUUUUGUGGACAUCUAUAAUUAAGGCCUCGUUCAUGUUCUCCA